AUGGGCUUGUUCAAGCGGAAGGAGCGACUAGACUCGCCUCCUCAGAGCUCAAAUAGCUCUUUGAAAUCAAGCCCGCUGCCUCCAUUAGAAACUUCAACCUCGCAACUGAGCAAACUUAAACAGAAACUAUUCAAGAAGAAAGAAGGUGAGUCUGAGCAGCCAAGUCAACAACCUGACGCAAUUGAGUCUUCAGAAGAGGACCCUUUUGACGUGGAGGAUGAUGAUGAGCUGGACUACGAGCCUCAUUUACACACAUGGCUUCCGAGGGAGAGAACAGCGACGGUGUCUCAGUUAUCCACUCUCAUGGGCUACAUGUUGGGUACACUGGAUUCAAGGGAAGGGCUCCAAAAAAUGGCGAACGAGGAGCUGAAAAGGACGUUCUCGCUAUUGCCAAAUGGCUAUAAUAUAAUACGGUUGUCGCCAACAAUGGAUAGAAAGGAUCCUCUGGUGACUACCUCCAUCAUUGGAGAUCCCCAGGUGCAGCUCAUUAAGCAGCUCAGAGAGAAGCUAAAGACAGUGCUUGACCUUAAGGGGGAUCUACAGCAGCAGUAUCAGCAUUUGCAAAAACAUGAGACACUUUUUCAACGCUACGGUACCGUUAAAGACGUCAUUGGCCGAGGUGCAUACGGCGUUAUCAAGGUUCUUGAUUCCGGAGCAUCUAAGAAAGUGUAUGCCGUGAAGGAGUUACAGAAACGAUCAGCUACAGAUUCAAAAUGCGUCGAAAGUAGUGAGAAGUUCAUCGAUAGAGUAAUCUCCGAGUUCAUCCUCUCCUCAACCCUCAACAACAAGAACAUUGUUCGUUCUGUCGACCUCAUGGUUUCUCUACCGCCUUUGGAUGCCAACAUUGAUACCACAGCCGCCAACUUCAUCGAGAAGAACUUCAAGGUCAAUCAGGUGAUGGAGUCCAGCAACGGCGGCAAUCUUUUUGCAUACAUUAAGAAGUGUGUUACUCAGAAACAUUACAUCACGAUAGACGACAUAGAUUGCAUGAUCAAGCAGAUUGCUCUGGGGCUAUGGUAUAUGCAUCAGCAUGGCGUCGCCCACUGCGAUUUGAAGCUUGAGAACAUUUUGAUCAAAUACGACAACAAUAGCAUUACGUCCGAUAAGAACGGAACGAAGAAGACUCGCAUGAACCUCAAGAUUUCAGAUUUUGGUAAAUCCAGUGUGUUUCGAACAGCAUGGGACUCAGGCGAGCAGCCUUGGCCUGCUUCCAAUGGUCCUAUCGGGUCCGAGCCUUUCAUGGCUCCCGAAGAGCACUCGAGAUCGUGCAAGAGCUGGUCGUUGGCUAAGAAAGAUUGCUGGGGCCUUGGUGUUCUAAUACUUGUUCUCUAUAACGUUCGAAGACACUAUUUCUGUGGUGCGUCCGAAAAUUUUGUGGUUGCUACAUAUUACGACGAGUCAGCUCAGGAGGAGGACUCUAGAGCUUAUGGUAGCACGUACCUUUGGAGGCGUACUGAUCCGAAGCCGCUAUCUAAGAAGUUUAAGGAUUCUACUUUUGAUGAAUACGCCAGAAAUGCCAUGAUUGCAGACUACGAUGAGAAGACUGGGAAGUGGAGCAUCAAAAAGAAGGGAGCAUUCAUCCCCAUCGAAACUCUUUUUGAGAAGGGUCAGGACUGCGAUAAGUCUAGUCUUGAAUCUGAUCUUGACGAUGAAGGCUUCGAGGAGUCUGACUACGAGAUUCGUAGGCGUUUCAUAUACAAAUUACUCGAUAUGAAUCCAUCUACAAGGAUAAGUGUGGAUGCACUAUUAAGAGGAGCCUGGCUUGAGGAUGUUGAAAGUUGUUGUGCUUGA